AUGAAGGAUGGCGGUUAUAUGGCUGUCGUAUGUGCCAUUCUAUUCGGCAACGAUGAUGAUGACAAAGGCAAAGGGCUACGAUUACAGCUACUCGAGCACCUUCAAGAAGUAUAUCCUCACAUAGCUUCAAAACAUGGUCAACUCCUCUCUCAAUGUCUCCAGCUGGUUCGCUAUCAACUUGAAGUAAUUGCACAUCUCCCUUCAACACAGACCAUGGUUCUUUACAUAUUCAACGAAGAAACCUGCAGACAAUUCGUCGCUAACACCGAAGAAACCUAUACUUUAGUGAUGAGUUUAGACCGAAAAGAAGACGAGAGCAUCGCGCUUUCACAAUUGCCGAUCAAUAAUUUCGUCAAGAAAUCAGUGUUUUUCAAAGGCUAUCAAUACAAUGUCGAUCUCAGAAUGUUGAAAAACAAUGACAAUGACAGUAUGCCUCACCUGGAUUUUGAAGAUCUGCUAGAUCUCACAAGGAGUUUAUACGAGCACGAUGCAGAAGGCGUUAAAUGCUACUUUUCUGGAGCGCUAUCCGACGGAUCCUUCUCACUUCUUCACUGCACUUCCAAAUUUUUCCAUAUUUUGCCAGAAGUCCUGAGAAUUGUAACAUUGUCGAUUUUUCUUGUGUGGGACUCUUCAAAAGCGUCUCUUGAGGAUGUCGCUAUCACACGACUCGUUAAGAAGCUGAAAUCCAAAAAGGACCUUGUGAGGACGGACAUGCUGGAAAGCUCCUUGGAACACCUGGCCGAGUGCGUGGUAGCUGAGCUUCGUGACGUUCUUCAGCAAUUUUCCCACGAAUCACUAUUUCCACCAGAUGGCUACUACAUUUUAAAGAGGAUGAAUAUUGCCCUCAAGGUUGUGACUGACAUCUGUAUGCUGCCAAUAUGGGAUCUGUACGAAACGCACGAUCCAUCAUCAGCAUUGACCGAGCAACUCGUCCACAUGGUCACCCAUUGUGUCGAAGAAUGGAUGCAGCAGGAGCUCAAGGUGGAAGUCAAAGAUUUAAAGGAAGAAUGGAUGACAGUGCAGAAGAUGUGGGAAAUGAUGCAACGAAACUACCAGAGCUACAACCUAUUUUUUCAUCAAUUCAACAUUAAUUAUGUUGAUCUCGUCCUAAAAACUAUUGACGAAAAGUGUGAAGAACCUACGGCUGUACGAAUUCGAGACGUGGUUUCUCGAUGUGACCGUAUUCUGGACACAUUCGUGGCGGGACAUCAGCCUCAGAAUGUUCAGGUAAGUCGUACAAUCUCUCUGGACAACGACGGUGACGGCACGAAAUAUGAACAACGUCGUCCACUUCCUGCUGGUUUAUACUCCUUUCUGUGCAUCCAGAAAGGUCUUUCUGAUGACUAUUCAAUGUUGGCCUUCAAACGUCCAGAGAACAUUGUAAUGGGAUCUAUAUCAUUGGUGCACAUUUACUCUGAAAACAUCUACGCGUACGCUAAGAAGCUCCACAACGAUGCAUUAACGAAUGACUCUGACAAGGAGUCUCGUGUGAUCCGUGCUGCAAACGGUAUUGAACAAGCCCUACUGUUCGUGUCGGAACGAUGGCGACGAUUUGUCGACUUCGACCGAAUGGCAGCUACUGUCCCUGCUGAAGAGAUUGCCGUUAUAGAGAAGUCGUGUGAGGAGGUUUUUGAAAGCAGUAGAAGGAGAUGUGAACAGAUUAUAGACGGGCUUUUGCGAAUAUACUGCCGUAGCAAACGUGAUGAUGUCUCCAGAAUUGCUCGUAAUAUCACGUUGGAAAGCUAUGAACAUAACAAGAAACUGGCUGUAUAUAUGCGAGAAGUGACUCCAAUAGAGAAAAUGCAUGCGAAUCUAGACAGUGUAGAAAGGAUGGCUGGCGACGUUCGAGCAGAUUUACUUCCAAGGAUUCUGCCACAAAAGCUCGACAUUGCUCUGAUUUCUCGCAAAGAUUCUCUUGAAGGAUGCUCGCAAAUGGCUUACAGUAUUUUGCACAAAAUGCUAGAAUCUGAAAUCCUUCGAUAUUUGAGGAAAUUCCAAAAUCCUGAUUACUACACGGAAAUCUACGUAUCAUUGAAAGCGAUCUCUAGCAUUCUGGAAAUUCCACCACAAUUUUCCCAAGUGGCAUCUUUAGUGCAUAUGUACAGUUUCACCACCACCGAACUCAUUCUCUCAUAUUACGCCAGAAUCUCGGAAGAUCUCGAAAGCAGCAGCAGCCAAAGUGCCUCCCGCAUCAGCAUCCGAGUCGGCUACAUUCCAACCACGGGUGACAACGUCUUGGUCAUAAUUAAAGUUCUUGAACUCGAGAACGUACCCGCACUGAACACUCUAUGCGAUCGAGUUGACCCAUACGUUCGGCUCGAAUUGCUUCCCGCAUGUCUCUAUCCACCACACUGCUUUCCUGUACAGAAAACGCGAACACUCACACAAUGCGAGAACCUGAAAUGGAACCAGGAUUUUCAAUUAAUUUGUGACGAGUUGAUCGGUCGUGCAUUUUUAUCCACCAACCUACUGGAACGCAUUGACUGUCUGUCCGUUAAAAAGCUGCCCCCACCACAUGCUCUCCGUUUGAGUCAACCGAGUGUCGGACAUCGAUUACCGUUCUAUAAAAUGCUCAAGGAACGCAGUCAACGUGACGACAUCGCUAAGGCAUUUAUAAACCAGGAGAAAACCGCUAAGAAGAUGUACUUCAAAUGUCUGUCGAGACGAUUUUCUACAGGUUUCAAGAGCUUCAAAAAGCAUAGCAUUUAA